CGCAGAGGCGCUGGGCCUGCCUGAGGGAGCAGCUGGGGCGCAGAGGCCUGGGCUGAGGAGGCCCGGUGCGGGCCCCGGCCCAGGACCUCACCAUGGAGUCCAUGUUUGAGGAGGACAUCAGCAUCCUGACGCAGGAGGCGCUGGGGCCCAGCGAGGUGUGGCUGGACGGUCCUGGAGACCCCUCGCUGGGCGGGGACAUGUGCUCCGCCUCCCACUUUGCCCUCAUCACGGCCUACGGAGACAUCAAAGAGCGCCUGGGAGGCCUGGAGAGGGAAAAUGCCACUCUGCGCCGCCGUCUCAAAGUCUAUGAGAUCAAGUACCCGCUGAUCAGUGACUUUGGAGAGGAGCACGGCUUCUCCCUCUAUGAAAUCAAGGAGGGCUCCCUGCUGGAGGUGGAGAAGGUCAGCCUGCAGCAGCGGCUCAACCAGUUCCAGCAGGAGUUACAGAGAAAUAAGGAGCAGGAAGAGCAGCUGGGGGAGAUGAUCCAGGCUUACGAGAAGCUCUGCGUGGAGAAGAGCGACUUGGAGACGGAGCUGGGCGAGAUGCGGGCCCUGGUGGAGACGCACCUGCGGCAGAUCUGUGGUUUGGAGCAGCAGCUGCGGCAGCAACAAGGCCUUCGGGAUGCAGCCUUCUCCAGCUUGAGCCCCCCGCCCGCCCCUGCCCCGCCCUGUGCUGACCUGGACCUGCACUACCUGGCACUGAGAGGGGGAUCUGCCUUGAGUCAUGCAGGCUGGCCAGGCCCUGUGCCGAGUGUGGGUGAGCUGGAGCGGCGGCGACUCGAAGAGGCCCUGGAGGCUGCGCAGGGAGAGGCCCGGGGGGCCCAGCUGCGGGAGGAGCAGCUCCAGGCGGAGUGCGAGCGGCUGCAGGGGGAGCUGAAGCAGCUGCAGGAGAGCCGGGCCCAGGAUCUGGCCUCCAACCAGUCGGAGCGGGACAUGGCGUGGGUGAAAAGAAUUGGGGACGAUCAGGUGAACUUGGCAUUGGCCUACACAGAGCUGACUGAGGAGCUGGGCCGGCUUCGGGAGCUGAGUUCCCUGCAGGGGAGGAUCCUGAGGACUCUGUUGCAGGAGCAGGCCCGCAGCUGCGGCCAGAGACACUCGCCGCUGUCGCAGCGUCACUCCCCGGCCCCCCAGUGCCCCUCGCCGUCCCCGCCUGCCCGAGCCGCGCCCCCGUGCCAGUCCCCCGUCCCGCAGCGCCGCUCGCCCGUGCCCCCGUGCCCCUCGCCCCAGCAGCGCCGCUCGCCCGCCUCGCCCUCGUGCCCGUCGCCCGUCCCGCAGCGCCGCUCGCCGGUGCCGCCGCCGUGCCAGUCCCCCAGCCCGCAGCGCCGCUCCCCGGUGCCGCCCAGCUGCCCGGCGCCUCAGCCCCGGCCGCCGCCGCCGCCGCCGCCGCCAGCCGCGGACAGGACGCUGGCGGAGCGCGCCUACGCCAAGCCGCCCAGCCACCACGUGAAGGCCGGCUUCCAGGGCCGCCGCAGCUACUCCGAGCUGGCAGAGGGCGCGGCCUACGCGGGCGCCUCCCCAGCCUGGCUGCAGGCCGAGGCGGCCACGCUGCCCAAGCCGCGCGCCUAUGGCGGCGAGCUCUACGGCCCUGCGCGGCCGCUCAGCCCACGGCGCGCCUUCGAGGGCAUCCGGCUGCGCUUCGAGAAGCAGCCGUCGGAGGAGGAGGAGUGGGCCGUGCCCGCCAGCCCGCCCAGCCCCGAGGCCGGCACCAUCCGCUGCGCCUCCUUCUGUGCGGGCUUCCCCAUCCCGGAGUCGCCCGCCGCCUAUGCCCACGCCGAGCACGCGCAGUCCUGGCCCUCCAUCAACCUGCUGAUGGAGACGGUGGGCUCCGACAUCCGCAGCUGCCCCCUCUGCCAGCUGGGUUUCCCCGUUGGGUACCCGGAUGACGCCCUCAUCAAACACAUUGACUCCCACCUGGAGAACAGCAAGAUCUAGGGCACCUCCCCCUGCUGGCUAUCUCUCUGCCCUCCACCCUCACCCCCGGAAUCUCACUCACUUUGAAUGCUGCAUGAAUCUCGUGGGGGGCCCCAGCCCCUCGCGACCCCCAGAUACCUCCACUAGCUACUGAGUCAACGUGUGUGCCGUCUUCCCUGGCCCAGGCACCACUCAGCUCUGGCUCUUCCUGGGAGGUCAGUCGAGGCGCCCCCCCACCCCCACCCCACCUUCCUGGCUUCCACUGGGGAGGUGGGGACUCUGGGCUGGGAUGGAGAGGGGCGGAGCCCUCCCACACCUCUCCCUCUGCCUUUCUGUUCUUAAACAGGGUUGGAUCCAAGAACGUGUCUAGUGCUUGGGCCUGGGGGAGGGCGAGGGUGUCAGAGGAUUCCAGGAGCGCCCCCCCCAGUCCCUCCCCCAAGGUCCAUCUUUCCCGGGCUGUGUUCUGUCCAGGGAGCAUCUCCCUGUGGGCCCCCAGAGCCUGCCCAGAGCACCGAUGCUGGCUUCUCCCCCCAAGGCCAGCCUGGGCUCCUCGCAGUGGCCCUAGUGGGUGAGCAGACAUCUGGUUUCUGGCCAUUCCCUGCAAGCCAGCCGUGUUCUCCCCCCUCCCCACUCUAGGGGCAGAGGGGGUGGGCGGCGAGAGGGAGGGCCUGCCAACAAAGAAGCUGUCCUGGGGGGCGGGAGACCCCCCCCAUGACCCUCUGGCCUGGGACUGCCUGCCAGCCCCUGGCCCAUGCCCUCCUCCUGGAGUCCUGGCCCCGAGGCACAGGUUGUCAAAAGGGGAGCCUCCCCUUCCCCCCAGCCCUGCCCCACUCAAGCCGAUGACACCACAGGUGCCCUGGAACCCACAUGUGACACAGAUGGGCGGGCGUCGUCAGCCCUGCCUCCCAGGCCAGAACCUAAGAAUGGGUCCAGGGUGCUGUGGAGAUCCACUUCAAAAGAGCUAGCCCCCUUCCCACACCCACCGCCCCUCACUCCCUCUGUGAAAUCUACCUCAGAGUCGUGCCCUCAGAAAGAUGGGGAGCAGGCAGCCGGCGGGUGGGGGAGCCUCCUGGGCCAGAGCCUGCCACCCCGAGGGACCCCUCCCCACCAGCCGCUCGCAGCUCCCUGCCCCGGGCGGUGGCCGUGGACACUGCUGGCAGCGCAUGUGCCCGUCCGAUCCAGCUCUUCCAGGCCCUCCCCUCCCCUCCCUCCUCAGUGUCGGGGAGGGAAGGGCCGUGACUGGGGGGAGAGGGGGCC